CUGACGACCGCUCUGAUCCCACACACACACACACACAGAGACACACACACACACACACAAAGGCACACUCGCUCACGUCACACACUCAUCAUACCGCUCUCACAGAGGCGCCGGAGCUCAGAGCAGCGCUGGAAGAUGCAAGCGGCUGGCAGCCACUGACAACCUUCAGAGCUCAGUCAAACCGGACACACUGUGCCUUCACCUCCAGAGAGGCCGACCCACUCCUACACAGCACAGAAGAAGAGGACUUGACAAAGGACACAACAGUGACCUCCAGCAGUUAGACCGCACCCGAUCCCACAUCCUUCAAAGAAAGGGGAACCUGACUCUGAGUCAGGACAGGAAAAAGGAGCGAUCGUACCCCACCGCUGAAACUCGACCCACCGGACAGAGCGACAGAGGGGGCUGACGGACGUUUCUCUGACAACCGGGGAUAAAGAGGCGAGAUGCUGGCUAAAAUCCUUGAGGACAUGUGGGUGGACCCUGAGGUGCUGGAGGCCCUCGGUGAGGAGCAGAAGAGGAUCCUCUUCUUGAAGAUGAGAGAGGAGCAGAUACGCCGCUGGACAGAGCGCGAGGAGAGGGAGGAGAGGGAAGGGAAAGAUGGCAGCAACAGGCCAAAGAAAGCCAACAACAAACAUGUGAAGUGGCUGCUGGGUCGGGACGGAGACGUGAGCGUCAGUGUGAUUGGAGAGAUGGACGAGUUCAGGUCCUCCAAACUCCUCCAGAGCCUCAUGAACAACAGAGUCCACACUGAUAAUGUGCACGGCAUCCAGACGGUGGACUUGCUGACAGGAAGAGAGGUCGAGCAGCUCGGCUUUAAAGAAGAGCUGUCCCUCACAGACGUCAGCGAUGACCCGGCUUGCCCGCACGACCGGUGGUCUGAGGAGGACUCCUGCAGCGCCGACGACGACCCGAAGGACCCCGCCGAGGACAGCGACGGCGAGUCGGGCGGCAGCUCGGACAACCACGGCGACUGGACUCCUCUCUACAGGCCCCAUCUCGGUAGCCGCGGCAUCCAGCCGCCGCUCGAGGCCCAGCUGUCAGACACAGAGAGGACGGGCCCCCAGGACAGAGAGAGUUCGCACUACGGAGGCCGCGUGGCGCAGCUCAGGAAGGCGUUCGCAGAGGAUCUUCACAGCACACCCGCCUACACCAAACCCCCCGUACCCACCAAACCUGCUCACCUACAGAAAAGCAGCGCACCCUUGAUCCACUCGAACUGAAGGUGUGUCCAGCCCGCGACGAGGCCACCCUGUGACACAGAGCCAGAGCUGUACUCUAACAAACCUGUACAGAAAAUAAUGGCUCAGUUGGACACUGAUGGACCAGGAUGAGGCCACACAGUGAAAAAGGUCCCUCUUUGACCCCGAGCGGUGACCUGAGAUACACUUUGUAAGGCCGCGAUGCACGGACCGACCUACAGACUGAGAAACGUCUGGAGGAGGGGGGGGGGAGGGGUGGACAGAGAGAAAGACUUGAAAGCUUUUUCAACCGAAGACAACCUGAAUGAGAAAAUGAAGCAGCUUUGAUGUUGCCGAGUUCAAAUGCGCCCACAUGGUUUGUGUGAUUGACAGGCAGACACAGAGAUGUCCGGAGACGCACACACACAGACAGGUGGAAAGAGACUGUGCUGCACUUGAUAAAUGAGCGUUAAUGUUAAGUUCUCCUGCUCAGAAGUCAUAAGCAGAGGUUAUCGGGAGCGGAAACAUGAGUUUGAUAAAAAAAAUCAUAUCCUUCUGUGCUGUUCAAAAGCUUUAAACUGUUUUAAAUGUGGUCCAUGUAACUUAACACCACGGACUGAUCCAGUUUAUCAAUCACAGGGGUGCAGGUUUUUGGGGGGAAUAAAAGGACUGAAUUCAUGGUAAAUAAUAAAGUCACUGGUUUCCAAAAACAGUUUUCAAUCCCUCAUGUUCACCUAUGACCACACACACACACACACACACACACACACACACACACACACACACACGCGUCUCCUGACAGCUGAACCAGGCCUCCUUCUGGCUACGAGUGCCCCCCAUUUGGGGGGCGCUCGGUUUCAGCACCCCUGAAAAUAUUGUUCGGAAAAUAGCCUUAUUGUUCGCCAGU